GUCAAAAUUCCAAGUAUUAUUCGAAGUGGAAAACGAUACGUACAUACUUACUUGUAUCUUAAAGAGAUUUCGAGUUAAAUGGAAAUCAAAAUACAUGCUGCAUCACACCAUUUGCAAAACGUUAAAAGACACACAUUAAAAAAAAAGGACUCAGAACUAGUCAAGAGUCAAAUCAACCGAUCUUUGAACUUUCUAGCCAAAGGGAGAAAAUAUUAACUUAAAAUAUUUUACCAGACGAAUAUUCCAAAACACAUUCUUUUGGCGAUUUUGCUUUUUGGCCACUGUUUUGCACUUUGCAUGGACACUUCUCCGCUUCUUUAUAAGUCCUUCCACUUCGAUUCCUCUGUGUACUUCACCCCCCACAGUCAUCCUGACAACACUCUGCACAAAACAACACUUCUUCAAGCAAAAGCAAGGAAGAAGAAGAAACAUCAGAAAGAAACCAUCAUCUCUCGACCAAAGCCAAACCCAGAAGCAUUUUGCGAAAGCUAAUGAAGAGCUUCUCCCGGGCGAAGCGGGUCACCGACCCCCUCGACGAGCGAGCUCGGGCCCGGCUCCUCGUCUGCGCCGACCGCCGCCAGCUCAGCUACGUCAGCAGCGGCAGCGAGCACGACGGGGAGGACUGCACUCCCCGCCUCUCCGAGCUCGUCCAGUGCUUCCUCGAAGAGGGCGACGGCGGCCCGACGGCGCGCGAGCCGGGGACCGAGCCCGACCCGGACAGAGCCGACUCGGUCCCCGACUCGCUCGAGGACGUCCUGGCGCGGACUUUCGCUGCCGAAGCCGAGGACCCUUACCGAGAUCUUCUUCUGGGUCACGUUCUUGGGGCGGUGGAGGCGUUCUCCGGCUUGAGCGCGAGCGAGUCUCUGCUCAGGCGGAGUGUGAUGUCGUACCUGCUGGAGAUCGGCCACAAUGCGGCGGUCUGCAAGUCGCGGUGGGAGUCAUCGGGAGGCGUCACCGCCGGGAGCUACGAGUUCAUCGACGUGCUGAGUCCCUCCCCCGCCACCGCCACCGCCCCCGCCCCCGCCCCCGCCUCCGCCACGUGGCAGCAGCAGAGCCGGUACUUCGUCGACCUGUGCUUCGCCGGCGAGUUCGAGAUCGCGCGGCCGACGAGCCGGUACGGCAGGCUGCUGCGGUCGCUGCCGGAGGUCUUCGUCGGAACGGGCGACGAGCUGAAGAGGAUCGCCAAGGUGAUGUGCUGCGAAGCCAAGAGGUCGCUGAGGAGCCGAGAGCUGUCCGUGCCCCCAUGGCGGAAGAGCCGCUACAUGACGAACAAGUGGCUCGGCCCGUACCGCCGGACCGUCAAUCCCGAACCGGCGAGCGGUCCCGCCGCCGCCGCCGGCGUGAAGUGCCGGUGCGUCGGCUUCGACGAGUACGCCGUCGACGGCCGCCUCUCUGUACCUACGAGAUGAUGACAUCAAAGUAAAAAUAAUUAAUAAACAGGGGGAAAAUAUAUUCCGCAAAUUUUCUGCGUUUUAAAAAAUAAUAACGGGAAUUUGCGCGGGAAAUUUGCAUCGGGUGGCUGGCGGUGCACGACACGUUCGGUGGACACGAGCGGGCUAACGUCGCUCUACCGUUGGAUGAAGAGAAUCAACGGUGUCUGGGCUUUGAAUUACUUUUUGCCUGGUGGAUGUGUGGUCCUGGAGAAUUGAUGAGACGACAUGGCCAAUCUUGACUUUUGAUUGAUUUGACUCGUGAUUAGAAGAAGCUUUGUACGUCUCAGA